CCCGUACAUGUGUAACAAUGAAUGUGAUGCCGAAAACGAGGACCUGGCCCACCCACCGGAGCUCAUGUUCGAUUUCGAGGGCCGCAACCCCACAACCUUCUGGCAGUCCAGUUCCUGGAAGAAGUACCCCAAAGCCCUCCUGGUCAACAUCACACUGUCGUGGAGCAAAACCAUCGAGCUGACCGACGACAUCGUGGUCACCUUUGAGUCCGGCCGCCCGGAACAGAUGGUUCUGGAGAAAUCUCUGGACUACGGUAAGACCUGGCAACCCUACCAGUUCUACGCCACAGACUGUCUGGACGCUUUCACCAUGGAUGCCAAGACUGUCCAGGACCUGACCCAGCACACUCUCCUAGACAUCAUCUGCACUGAGGAAUACUCCAGGGGCUACGUGUGGAAGUAUGACAAGACGGUGCGCUUCGAGAUCAAGGACCGCUUUGCACUGUUCGCCGGACCACGGCUCCACAACAUGGCGUCCCUCUACGGUCAGUUAGACACCACCAAGAACCUGAGAGACUUCUUCACCAUUACAGACCUGAGGGUCCGGCUCCUCCGACCAGCCACAGGGGCCACCAUGGUAGACGAGAACAACCUGUCCAGAUACUUCUACGCCAUCUCUGACAUCAAGGUCCAGGGAAGGUGCAAGUGUAACCUUCACGCCAAUAGUUGUGUGUUUGACAAAGAGACGCUAAAUUGUGAGUGUGAGCACAACACCACGGGGCCGGACUGUGGCCGCUGUAAGAGGAACUACCAGGGACGGACGUGGAGCGCAGGCUCCUAUCUACCCAUCCCCAAGGGCACGGCAAAUACCUGUAUCCCCAAUAGCAUUGGUCCAGUUAACUGCGAAUGCUUUGGACACUCCAACCGCUGCAGCUACAUCGAGCUGCUAAACUCUGUCAUUUGCGUGAGCUGUAAACACAACACUAGGGGCCAGCACUGCCAGGAUUGCAAGCAGGGCUACUUCCGAAAUGCUUCUGCGGAGCUGGAAGAUGAGAAUGUGUGCAUAGACUGUAGUUGUAAUCCCUAUGGCUCAGACAGUGUUCGCUGUAAUGGCACAGGAUUUUGUAAAUGUAAGGAGGGAACUACAGGGGCUAAGUGUCGAGAUUGUCUGCCGGGAUAUUUGUGGGACAAUGGCUGCAAAUCCCAAGUGUGUGACAACGAGCUGCUGCGCUGCCAGAACGGCGGUGUGUGUCUGAACAACCUGCGGUGCCAGUGUACCGCAGCAUUCACGGGCCUGCUGUGUGAGAAGCCCCGCUGUGAGUCGGAGCUGGGGGGCUGUGGUGGGCCCGACUCGGGCCAAGCCGCCCUCUCGUCUACACCACUCUCCACCUUGCUGCUGCUCCUGCUGGGCUCGACGCUGCUCAGAGAGGCCUCCUACAGGCCCACCCUGCUCUGAGAACCAGAGGCCUACACUGUCUACACUGAACUGUUGGAGCGAACUACCCAAUUACCAACUUCUCUACAACAACAACCAGAACUACAACGACCAUGAGCUUAGUCUACUAUACUGUACUGUACUAUAAUGUACUAUACUGUACUGUACUAGCUGUCCACCAGACACAGCAAGGACACACGCUGUCUAUAAGGGAAUGUGCCAGAAUGAAAGCAAAACUUUAAUUUGAGUAAAAAAAUAAAAGUAUAUAUAGAAAUGAGAGUUUAAAAAAAUGAAAUCAAUAAAGAAAAAUAAAUACCAGAUAUUUAAAAAGAGUUUAACUUGAGCAUUUGCUUCAUAAAAAGUCCAACAAGUCAAACAACAGACACCAGUGACCUAAGCCAUACCAGAGACUUUUCCCCCUAACUGUCAAAAGGAGGGACUGGAGAUGACAGACACUUUGUUCACUUCCUCUCUUAUCGCCACGGCAAUGGCAGCUGCGACCAAUAAGCGACAGCAAGCUCUAGCUAGCAAGGCCAGCAGCUGCUAGCUGCCCCUGUCUUAGGGUGCUUUGGGGUUUGGUGCUGGCUGGACUGAACUGCUUCUGGGCUGAACUGACUGACUGACUGACGAAGAACUACAUAGAACUGUCCCUACCGCUGCUGAAGGGUGGACAGACAGGCUGUUUGAAAAAUAAAACCUAUAUAGAGAAAUUGAGGCAGAGGGAAAAUAAAAAAGGAAAUGUAAGCAUUCUUUGCUGUCAGUGCAUUGUGGAUAUAAGGAUAUCCAUCCGGACUGCCACAUUUUGACCUGCAUCAAAAAUCUUGCCCACGUCUCUCUCUCGGUCUGUCUGUCUCUCUCUCUCUCUCUAUCUCUUGCUUUCUCUCUCUCUUUUUCUCAUCUCUCUGUCUCCCUCUUUCUUUCUCUCUGUCUCGCUCUCUUUCUGUUGGGCUCCUGAGUGUCGCAGCGGUCUUAAGCACUGCAUCUUAGCGCUAGAGGCGUCACUACAGACACCAGGCUGUAUCACAACCGGCCGUGAUUGGGAGUCCCAAAGGGCGGCGCACAA